AACGCUGGAGCAGCUGGUUAUGUCGGGUCAGUUUAUAGCUAUACAGGGAAAAACGCACCGAUAAUACGAUUAAACCUUUAGGUUACUAACAUCACAUCCACAUCGGUUUGAAAAGUACAGUUUGCAUUGUGGACUAGUAACUUUUCCAGGUUUCUGUGGCGUUGUGAACUAACCAGGUGGUGUUUGUGUCCGUGUCGCCGCGAUGAAGCUGCAGUGUGACGUUGAAGUUGUAAAUCGGAUGCUGCCUACGUUUGGUGUGAAAAGCAAAGGCAGAGGCUCCAGGGCCGUGCUGUCUAUCGGGAAACAUGUGGAUAAAACUACACAGCGGGCGAAUGUUUACUUACUGAUAUGUACAGCAAAAGACAGAGCGGGAUCCAAGUACAAGCUGAAGGAAAAUAUAGAGAAGUUUUUCACAUGCUUUGUAGAAGAGGGGAAAGCCACAGUACGACUUAAAGAACCGAUGGUGGACAUCUGCAUGAGCAAGGCAGAUACCACCAGCUUGAAAACCUUCCUCUCAGCUGCUCAACUUGCACACAAAGGAACCGUUAGGGACAGCAUUACUCUCUCCACACUUACACCUGUUCGUGCCAGAGAUGUGGAGAAACCCAAAAAGAAGCUCACCAUCAUGUCCAAGAAGGACUAUCCCCUCACAUCCAGCUUCCCCUACUCUCUCGAGCAACUGCACGUGUCUUACUGCAAGCUAGCAAGGGUGGACCUGCGCAUGUUGUCUUUAAAAUCUCUGCGAACCCUUGACCUCAGCAACAAUCACAUCAAGAAACUUCCAGAUACCAUUGGCGACCUUCACUUCCUGACAGAACUGAUUCUUCACAACAACAACUUGGAGAGCUUCAGUGAGGCACUGUGCGCCUCCAGUCUACAGAAAUCUCUGCAGCAUCUGGACCUAAGCCAGAACUCCCUAAAGCUUCUACCUGCUCGCUUUUGCAAGCUGCGUGAGCUUGUUAGCCUCAAAUUGGAUGUCAAUGAACUGGUACAGCUGCCUUUUCACAUUGGCCAACUCACAAAAAUGCGUUUCCUCUCAGCUGCCCACAAUAAGCUUACCAUGCUGCCAGGAGACUUCUGCAAGCUGUCACUGGAGAACCUGGACCUGUUUGGGAACCCCUUUGCUCAGCCCAAUCCUCUUGAUCACAGCAUUCAACUCACAUUACCUCUUUCUUUGGAAGAGCUGGCCUCUAGAGCUGUGCUCAACUACAGAAUCCCUUACGGACCUCAUCUCAUUCCCUUUUACCUUUGUGGCAACAUGGAACUGGCAAAAGUGUGCAACUGCGGCUGCAUUUGUGUAAACUCUUACAUACGUACAGCUGUGAGCAUGAACCUGCACAUAGUGUCUCACACUGUGGUGCUAGUGGAUGACAUGGGAGGCACAGAAGCUCCCAUUCAGCGCCAUUUUUGCUCACUAACAUGCUACUGCCAAUUCCUGGAUGGCUGUGUGCAGAGAGGACUAAGCUGAGAAGAAUGUAAGGUUAAAGAAGAACCUCUUUUUACCAGUCCUGCUGAUCGAAGCUCUAGCUGCAGUUUUCAUACUCACACAGUGACCUCUGUUAUGUUCAGCAAUCACAGUUGGUGUUUCUGCUUGUUUGCUACUCUUAUGUGUGGUUUUGGGUGAUAUUGCCAUAAUAGUAAUGGGUUAGCUAAAGGUCACUUUUAGCACAUCAUGAAACAUCAUAUGGUUUGUGGUCUCAUGGUCACUAUUUAUAAUUACUUUUGUUUUUAAAAUGACACUCUACAGGUAGACAGUGUGACGAGGCUUAUUCUUCAGCAUUUGACCAAAAUAAAAUGAGAUACAACCCAGUACAUAUCAGACUGUUUAAAAGGCAAAUACAUUAUUAGUAAAACAAGAUUGUGUUAUGAAUUGGUCCAUAAUUGUCUAUCAUUUUGUGCUGUUUCUGUUCUUAAUAUUUUGGUAUAUUAUCAAUAAAUUAACAUUUUUUUAACCUGCCAAAAUCUUUGCAUAGCAAAACAGUAAUUUCACAUUAUAUUGAACGAAUUUCAAAACCCUUAUGGAGUGGAGACAAAUUAAAUAGUUCAAUAUUAUAGAUACUGUCUAAAUUUUCUAAAUUCUUAUUUAUAUAAGUUUGAAUCCCCUCUGAAAAUGCCUUGUUAUAUACAGUACAUACACAGCACACUACAACUAAGUGAAAUGUAUUGGACAACUUUUGGUUAAAAAUUAAAGACUGUUAUGUAGAAAAUUCCCCGGAGAUCAGCAGUUUAUGAAAGCAUAAAAAAAUAGCCCUUCUGCUAGCAACAUCCUUACCGCAUCCUUAAAGCAUAAAAGGCCGCAGUUUAUCUGCAUUCAGAUGUUUAAUGCUAAUUAAAGAUCUUGACCUGUA